CGACCGGUAUAUACAACCGCUAAGCCAGUGUUAAGUGCCGGCGGUGACAUGGCGACUGUCCCGAAAGAAAAAGCGGAGUCGGCGGACGAGUUGGAGGGCCUUCAGCUUCAGGCGAUCAUUGGCUUCAAUGGACAUGUUCCCUUUGGCCUCAUCUGCCAUCCAGAUCGAGAGCAUCUUAUCUAUCCACUGGGUUGUACAGUAAUUAUCCAAAGCAUAAACACUCCAGGUCAAGAUUUUUUACAUGGUCACACCAACAAUGUCUCCUGUGUCACAGUUUCUCCAAGUGGAAAUUAUGUGGCGUCUGGUCAGAUCACAUUCAUGGGCUUUAAGGCUGAUAUCAUUUUAUGGGACUACAGCAAAAAGGAGAUGUUGUCUCGGCUGUCACUUCACAAGGGUAAAAUUGAACAUCUGGCAUUUUCUCCAAAUGACCUUUACCUGGUUUCACUGGGAGGCCAAGAUGAUGGGAGCGUUGUGGUAUGGAGUGUCCAAAAGAAAGAAGCCAUCUGUGGUAGUCCUGCUUCUGCUCGUAGUGCUGGGAAUCCAACCACCCUGGUCUAUUCCAACUGCAAGGAUGAGAUGUUCAUCAGUGCGGGAAAUGGAACUAUUCGAGUAUGGGAACUGGAUUUACCCAACAGAAAAAUCCGACCAAUUGAGUGUCAAACAGGACAGCUGAAAAGAGUAGUUGCUUGCGCCAUGAUGGCAGAUGAUGACAGCUACUUCUAUGUUGGCACAUCCACAGGUGAUAUCCUCAAAAUCAAUACAAAAAGCACACUGAUGAGUAGUUUUGGCCCGGUAAAGGAUAAACACAGCUUGGGAGUCACAGCUUUGCUUUUGCUGAAAGCGGGUGACUUGGUCAUUGGCACUGGAGCUGGAAUCUUAGCCGUUUGCUCGGGAUCCAAGUAUAAAAUAAUCAAAAAAGUUCAGUUAGAAGGUGCUAUCACGUCUAUCACACCACGAGGCCAGGGCCACCAAUUUUUUGUGGGCACAAAUGAGUCACAGAUUUACCGAUUCUCAUAUUCUGACUUUAAGGAUGAGCUCAUAGCCACUUGCCAUAAUGAGGCUAUCAAUGAUAUAAUUUUCCCAUAUGGUACAUCUGACUUGUUUGCCACAUGUUCCAAGAAUGAUAUUCGUGUAUGGUAUACACCUGAAAAUAAGGAGCUGCUGCGGAUUACGGUCCCCAACAUGACUUGUCACGCCAUAGAUUUCAUGAGGGAUGGCAAAAGCAUCAUUUCAGCUUGGAAUGAUGGAAAAAUCCGUGCCUUCACCCCGGAAACUGGGCGGUUGAUGUACGUGGUUGAGCAUGCUCAUAGUAUGGGUGUGACAGCUGUGGCUACCACAAGUGACUGCAAAAGAAUAAUCAGCGGAGGUGGUGAAGGUCAGGUGAGAGUAUGGGAAGUUGGGAAGGAAACACGCAAACUAGAAGAAGUAAUGAAAGAACACGUAUCUGCUAUUUCUUGCAUCAAGAUAAAGAAGAAUAAUCAGGAGUGUGUCACAGCCAGCACUGAUGGAACAUGCAUUAUCUGGGAUCUUGUCCACUUCAUGAGACGGCAGAUGAUAUUGGCCAAUACUUUAUUCAAAUGUGUAUGCUAUCACCCUGAUGAACAUCAGCUUAUCACAAGUGGCACAGAUAGGAAGAUUGGUUACUGGGAAGUAUUUGAUGGAUCCCCAAUCAGAGAAUUAGAGGGCUCCCUUUCUGGUUCUAUCAAUGGAAUGGAUAUUACAACAGAUGGCUUGUAUUUUGUGACUGGAGGUGAUGACCAUCUAGUAAAAGUGUGGGAUUAUAAUGAAGGUGAAGUGAUUUCUGUUGGGAUUGGUCACAGUGGCAGCAUAACCCGCCUGAAGAUCUGUCCUAACAAUAAAUUAAUUGUGAGUGUGAGUGCUGAUGGUGCUAUCCUUCGUUGGAAAUAUCCUUACAUUUGUAAUCCUUAAAAAUAUUUGCUACUUCUAUUGGUUUUUUUAAAAGUCACUUUUAAAUAAUUGUUGAACUUGAUACUGUUUUUUAAAAGGUUUGUUUCUUUUAAGAACUUCAUUAAUUUGUCUGUUCAGAAGUGAAUUAGUCUGAAAAAAGCACUUGUUUAUUAUACCAUUGUUUUUAUUGGUUUCAGUUAUUUAAUUAUAUGGUAUGUUGGUAUAUUUGUACUAUGUUUAUAAUGUAUGAUGUCUGAAAUGUCAGUUAAUGUAUAUUGUCAUACUCCCUCCUUCACAAUGAAUUAGAAGUUGCACAAAUCUAUUGUGAAAACAUCCUUAAAUCUCAUUUAUUAAAAAGGUAAAAGAGUUGGAAUCAUAAAAGGUUUACAUUUGGCAAAGGUUUGAAUAUAUAUUGAUUCAAUGAUGCAGUGCUUCAAUGAUUGUGAAUCCCAGCUGUCUCUGUCCAGAGAGGAAUAUUUAAAAAUCCCUCUAGUGAGUUAGGUCUUCAGUUCCCCCAGUUAUAGUUCAGCCAGGAGUCUUUCACAGACCUACAACCAGCCUCUUGCACACACUGCCUGUGUUGUAUUGUACAACUCUUUCUCCAGGCAAGUCCCUAUUCUGUAUUUUCCCUCAUCUCCAAUAAAUAGGAGUAAAAUAGUAGGAUGUACCUGUUCAAUUGUUAUUUCA